GUGACAGCAGCGUGAUUCUUCAGUUGCCCGUCAUGGCUUCGUUGGAUUGCAAGUGGCGCGAUGCCAAAACUGGCAUCAUUGGUGCACACUGUUGGCCACAAACACCACUGGUGGGAAGCACUGGACUUGUUAAAACGGUUAUGGCACCGGAAGGACAGGGCCGAAGGCCUAGCAGCAGUUGCUUCCCUAUGUCUAAGGGCAUCAGCUUGGCAACACUCCCUUGCACUAUGCCAUGCAGAGCCUUCCAGUUCGAAGCAAUCAGUGGCAACCUCUUGGGCAUGGGGCAGCCGCUGGCAGCUUGCCAUGAGCCUAUGUGCCGAUCCGGACACGGCCGCAGCUGUUGUGUCAGCUUUGGGUGAGGCCGCGUCCUGGAAGGCUCCGGAUAUAGACUCUCAUAAGCAUAAGCAAAGGAGAUGCUCCCGAGAUGCUUCCGCGUGUCACUCUUUCAUGAAGGUUGCUGUGCGUGCGCUGGGCUACUUGACUUUGGAGCCGAAGCCAGCCACACGCAUAAUGGUUGCUUGCGGCAAAGUCUCGGCGUGGCAGCUGGCCUUGGAGGCGUUUGGCCAUCUCAAGAUGCGGAACGCUGAUGAAAUUAUGUACAAUGCGGCUCUCAAUGUUUGCCGAAGUGCCGGAGAAUGGAAACAUGCCCUUCACAUCUUCCGUGAGCUUCGCACCAAAAAUUUUAGCAGAACAGGAGACAGCAGAAGCGUGCAAUCUCUUGUGGCAGUUGUGGAUUGUUGUGGCCAGGCAUCUGAAUGGUUUCGAGCUAUCCAACUGCUAUAUGCGUGGAAAAGUCAACCAGAUCUUGCCGCUUUUACAGCUGCGAUCCACGCAUGUGAAGCUAGCAAGAACUGGGCUGCAGCACUUACACUUUUUAAGGAUGUUGUUGACCUGGCAAAGGUUUCUGACCGUCUGAAACCUGACUUGCCGUGCUUUGGGGCAAUAGCCACAACCUGCGCCGCUGCCGGUCGUUGGAUGGAUGUCAUUCACCUACUUGAUAAGAUGAGCGAACAUGACAUCAAUUCUGAUGCUGCGUGCAGAACAGCCUUGAUGGAUGCUUUUGCAAAGAAGUCUUUGUGGGCAAAGGCGCUGGGAUUUUUGAACUUAUGUCUUGAUCAAACCAAUAGCUUUCCAGUUAGCAGCGCAUCUGACAUGUUUGCUGUUGGCUCAGCAGCAGCUAGCUGCCAAGAAACUACACAAUGGGAGAGGACGCUUUUUCUUUGGCACGCUUGUACCUGGACCAACGCAAUCACUGGGUGCCUUUUGUUGGCAUUGCGGAGUGCCGGCAAAUGGUUUCACUCCGCAAUGGUUCUUCAGAACAUGCGAGAGCAUCAUGCUGGAAACCAGAUACUGGCACACUCCACUGCAGAGGAAUAUUUGCAACCCCAAACUGCUGUGGAGGUAUUGGAAGUAGUUUCUCGUGGCAUUUUCUCCGCUGAGAGAGAAGAAAGUGAGGUUGUCCUGUACAGUUCCAUUCUGAAUUGCACACUUCUUGAAAGGAGACUUUUUCGCUGCGUUGUGUAUCCCUUACAGUCGACUUUGCAAGACCUCCAAUCCUCCACACUUAAACCCCGCUGUGCUCUCAACGUGAAGAUAGGGCUUGGACGGCUUGGAGCUGUGAGGAGUCGCUAUCUCUUAAAUGCCUUAGGCCUCCAGAUGCGAGAGAUCUCACUGAAGCAGUGAAACUCACUCAGACUCACCAUGCUCAUUGGACCA